CAAUUACGGUUCUCUCCCUUCGCUUACGACGACGAUGACGAUCCAACACUCGCCGUAUUCCAAACGUUUUUUAGAGUACACGAAAUUACUUUUAGAUCACAUCGAUUAACGCAAAUUCACCGAUUUAAUAUAACUUAGACAAUUAUUGAACGAUAUGCAGCGAAUUUAUAUAUUUAAUGCAGAAAAUUCCAGCGCCACACGCCGAGAAAUCAAGAAACGACGACUCCUUUUUUCAUCAAUAUGGCGGUGCAGUACUGCCAACUUGACAAUCAGAAUAUUACCGCGUUGCCAACUAGCUGACAUAUUGUCAACGAGCUGCCAACUCUUCUCAUAGACUAAUUCGUAUAAAAUUGAAUUGUUUACUCAAGAACGGCUAUCAUUCUUAGUGUUUUGUGAAAUACGCUCAAGAUUAAAAAGUCUUGCAGUUGGCAAAGCAUUUGAACGGUUUUGCAUUCUGCUUUAUAAGUACAUUCGUAAACAAAACUAUUUACUUGUCAGUGAAUUUUCUUUUCCACCAACACUAAUUUACAAUCAAUAUCUGAUACUUGGGGUUAUUAUAGUAGGCGAAAUGCAAAAGCACUUCUGGCCGGUUUUAUUGCCCAUACUAUUUUUAGCAUAUUCUCUGCCUUUAUUCCUGCGUGUCUAUGCCACUGCACCCACGGUAAUAGAUGAGGAAUUCCAUUUGCGACAAGGUCUGCACUUCUGCAACAAACGCUUCGAUGUGUGGGAUCCGAAAAUUACCACCUUCCCAGGCCUAUAUCUGGCGUCGCUGAUACUCAUACCAUUCGGUGCUUGCUCAGCAUUGGGCUUACGUUGCAUAUCACUAGUAGCGGCUGCGCUAAAUGUGUUACUGCUAUAUAAAAUAAGACGCCGGUUGCUGGGUGGUGCACAUGGGCAGCUUGCAGCAUUGGAUGCUUUCACUCUAGGUGCACUACCACCGCUCUAUUUCUUUAGUCAUCUUUACUAUACUGAUACGUUAUCGCUGACGACAAUACUGCUAUUCUACUACUACUGGCACAAAGAGUCACAUCUGCAAGCUGCUGUCUUUGCUGCUGCUAGUGUCUUGAUGCGUCAAACUAAUGUGGUUUGGGUCGGUAUGUGCUUCGGUAUAACAGCACUAGAUGUACUUACAGGAAAUUAUGCGCGUUCCAAAGGCAUUAAAAGACAGCAUGUGGAGUUACUGAAUCCCAAGACGCUCUUGGACAUACUCACUUCAUAUCGGCUACUGGGGCGCAGCAUCUGGCAAAUUCUACGUAAAGGCUGCUACUACCUAAUCAUAAUACUGCCUUUUCUAUUUUUCGUGUUUCUCAAUGGGUCCAUUGUUAUUGGCGAUAAGCGCGCACAUGAAGCGACUAUACAUGUACCGCAGUUAUUUUAUUUCAGCAUUUUUGCUUUGUUUUUCGGCGUCUCCAAUACCCUACACGAAUUGCGUCCGACAUUACAUUGGCUAUCACGUGACAAAUUGAUCGUGCUCUUCCUGCUUGGCACUGGCAUACUAGCCGUUAAAUGGAAUACACUUAUACAUCCGUAUUUGCUGGCAGACAAUCGUCAUUACAUAUUUUAUAUAUGGAAUCGUUUCUAUGGACGUUAUGAAUGGUUCAAGUACGCCAUGGUACCCGUUUAUGUAUUUGCCUUGGCGCUGUUACAUUCAGGUCUACGGCAUAUGCGCACAAGCUUCAAAUUGAUGUUUUGGAUAGCUGUCUUUCUGGUGUUAUGCUUUCAGCGCUUGCUAGAGCUGCGAUACUUUCUCAUUCCAUUCGUACUCUAUCGCCUGCACACACAGCCGCUUAUUAAAAGCCGUUGGGCAGAGUGGGUGGAACUGGGCUGCUAUGUGGUGCUCAAUGCGCUCACGUUCUAUAUAUUUUUCACCAGAGAAAUCAGAUGGGAAAAUUUCAAGGAGCCACAACGCAUUAUUUGGUAAACAAGAAACACCAAAACUAAUAGUCUGAAUUGAAGUAUGAUAAAUAAACUAUUCGUAAUAUGUUGUGGAGCAUUACAAGUACGUAAUCAGCUUUUUCCAUUAUUUUUGUAGACUAUUAUAUAUUAUUGCGAUUUUUGUGUAUAAUGUGUAUUUUUAUUGAUUAUUGUGGUGGCAAAAAUAAUACCAAUACUAUACCAACUGAUCGAUAAAAAUCAAGUUCUCGUAUAGCAAAAAAAAAAAAAAUCAUUCAUUGAGUUAAAUUUUAAUUUUGACUAUAUUUAUUAGUGGUUAAUUUAUAACAUGUAAUUUUAUAAUUUUUGAACAUGUUGCUAAGCAGUAACACCACAAUUAUUUAUUUUUCAAGUACAUAUAAUGACAUAUGCUGUUUUAAUAUUAGUGUGAAACAAGAAUAUAAUA